AUGGUAAACAAACAAAUCCCCGAGUGGAUCUUGACAGACAAUCAAGCUGAGGCCAUCAUCUUCCCUAAACCCGCUGACUCAUCCCCUUCGUCCGCGCUGAUGCCACUAAUGCCUAGAAAAAUGCCCGUAGGAGAUCGCCAUUUUCCGCCUAGUACGGCAAAUACCCAUCCAGCUACACCCUUGCUUAGGCCUAGUACGGCAAAUACCCAUCCAGCUACACCCUUGCUUAGGCCUAGCACGACAGAUACCCAUCCAGCUACACCCUUGCUUAGGCCUAACGCGACAGAUGCCCAUCCGGCUACACCCUUGCUUAGGCCUACCACGGCAGAUACCCAUCCAGCUACACCCUUCCUUAGGCCUAGCGCGACAGAUACCCAUCCAGCUACACCCUUCCUUAGGCCUAGCGCGACAGAUACCCAUCCAGCUACACCCUUCCUUAGGCCUAGCGCGACAGAUACCCAUCCAGCUACACCCUUGCUAAGGCCUAGCGCGACAGAUACCCAUCCAGCUACACCCUUGCUAAGGCCUAGCGCGACAGAUACCCAUCCAGCUACACCCUUCCUUAGGCCUAGCGCGACACAUACCCAUCCGGCUACACCCUUGCUUAGGCCUAGCGCGACAGAUACCCAUCCAGCUACACCCUUGCUAAGGCCUAGCGCGACAGAUACCCAUCCAGCUACACCCUUCCUUAGGCCUAGCGCGACACAUACCCAUCCGGCUACACCCUUGCUUAGGCCUAGCGCGACAGAUACCCAUCCAGCUACACCCUUGCUAAGGCCUAGCGCGACAGAUACCCAUCCAGCUACACCCUUGCUUAGGCCUAGCGCGACAGAUACCCAUCCAGCUACACCCUUCCUUAGGCCUAGCGCGACAGAUACCCAUCCAGCUACACCCUUUCUUAGGCCUAGCGCGACAGAUACCCAUCCAGCUACACCCUUCCUUAGGCCUAGCGCGACAGAUACCCAUCCAGCUACACCCUUCCUUAGGCCUAGCGCGACAGAUACCCAUCCAGCUACACCCUUGCUUAGGCCUAGCGCGACAGAUACCCAUCCAGCUACACCCUUCCUUAGGCCUAGCGCGACAGAUGCCCAUCUAGCUACACCCUUGCUUAGGCCUAGCGCGACAGAUACCCAUCCAGGUACACCCUUGCUUAGGCCUAACACGACGGAUACCCAUCCAGCUACACCCUUGCUUAGGCCUAGCGCGACACAUACCCAUCCGGCUACACCCUUGCUUAGGCCUAGCGCGACACAUACCCAUCCGGCUACACCCUUGCUUAGUCCUAGCACGACAGAUACCCAUCCAGCUACACCCUUCCUUAGGCCUAGCGCGACAGAUACCCAUCCAGCUACACCCUUGCUUAGGCCUAGCGCGACAGAUACCCAUCCAGCUACACCCUUGCUUAGGCCUACCACGGCUGACACCCAUCCAGCUACACCACAGACAGCGGGGACGUCACGCCCGCGAACAGUCUCCUCCAACGCGGGGAGACCGGAGAACCGCGGACGUUGCGACCAGAGUCAAUCUCUCGCUCCUUUCGACAACGAGAGCACUCUGAAACAGAAUCCUUCACCCUCCUCCUCCGCCCAUUCGCGCUGCAAUGUAACCAUAGUCAUUUUCCCAAAGAUUAAUCAACCUCAUGGAUGCCAGGCGUUAACUAUCAUAAAAUAUGGCACGGCCGGGACGGAGCAAUCAGGAGACAUAUUCCUGCUGACGCUGUGCAUUUGUGACAAUCCUAUUGGAGGAUCUGGAAGACAAUUUUCUUCUGAGAGAGAUAGAUGGACCUCUUCUGAGACACCUCUUUUCCAGCAGGCAGUCUCAGCUCUCGAAACUCAGACCAGUGUUCCAGGAGUCUAUGUGUCCAUGUGUAUAUGCUUGCAGAUUAAUUUACCAUUUACCAUCAAAUGUUUCUUACCAAGUUCUAGGUCUACUCUCGCCGACCGCAUGCAUGAUUCAAAUACCGAAAUACACGACAAUCUUCACUAUCCUUCUCAUGAAGAGGUCCCUUAUAUUAACCCUUACAAGCCACCGCUGAUGCUGCACCGGAAUGCCGCAGGCCUCGAGCUCCCGGCGUGCGCGUCCCUGAGCUGCGGCCUCGCCAGUGAGCAGGCGAUGGAAGCCGCCCCGGGGUGCGACGGCACCAGCGGCUGCAGCGCAGGCGGUGCCGGCUUCUACGGCGCCAACGUAGGCCGACUCAUGGACGAGCGGUGCUGCAAGGGCGCGCAGGGGCCCGACGCCCUCCUGGGCGGCGCGCCCCUCAGGAUCAUGAAGAGCCGCCUCGGCGAGGGCUGCUUCGACGUCACCCUCAACGACGGCUCAUCCGGGACCUUCGUGAAGGUGCCCGUGAAGUGCCCUCCGGCCAUCGCGCCCGCGCCCGCCGCCCUGCCCCCCGCUGAGGCGUGCGAGCCCCCCGAGAAGGCGCCCUCCAAGCCGCUCCUUCGGGAGAAAAUGAGCCCCGGGAAGGACGCCGCCGAGGCCGAGAGACCCAGCAAGCCCGCCCCCGCCAAGGCGAGCGCGCGCGUGAUGCGGGCGGGCGGGCGGCACCAGCUGAUCGACAUCCACGGCCUCGCGGUUUUCCUGAGGCAGUCGACGCGGUGCUUGUCCUGCCAGGCGGCCUGCUGCCUCUACGUCACCGGGACCAUCUCCGCGCACCUGGCGGCCGUCACGCAGGUGAAAAUAACGUGCCAGAAGUGCCACUACACGGCGUCCCAGGCCCUUGCCCGCCCCCCCUCCUCCGCGGACGACAUCGGCCUCUCCACGCAGCCCACCCCCGCCACCCCUCCCAACCCACCCCCACUCCCCGACCUGGCCCCGACCCUGGCGCCCCCUCACCACCCCUCCCCCUACAUGCUGCAGCCCCACCUAUUCCCCUCCGACCCGAUCCUCCCCGCGCGCCCCCCCGCCCCCUCGCUCGCCUCGCCCAAGGAAGUCUGGGUCAAGGAGGAGGCCCAGACGUCCCCGCAGGAUCAAGGAGCCACUCCUGCAGGUGGCGCGGGCGUAGACGCUGCCGCCUCCACCGCCCCCAGCACGCCCUUCCUGCCCUUGGACCUCCCGCUGCCCUCCGUCAACCUCGAGUGGCGACCGCAGAGCCACCUGGGGACCGCUGGAGCCACCAAUAUCUCGGCGCCCAUGAGGCCUCUGCCCUACGCGCCGGACAAGAGGAACAACUCAGACCCCCCUGCUCCCCCCCUCGACACCCCGCCCCCAGGGACGCCCCCCAGGAAGGACCCUCCUGCGCCUGACGCCCGUGAGGGGCCGGUGGAAGCCUGCCCUGACUCGGCGCCCAAGUCGGGUGAAGCUUCGACGUCCCGCGUGUCUUCUCCUUCGUCCUCUUCGUCGUCGUCUUCGCCGUCCGUCAGCUCCAGUUCCUACACUUCGUCCUCUUCCUCGUCAGCGUUCCUUCCGCCGCCGUCGUCGCCGCUGUUUCCGAAUCCGGCGUCGACGUUACUGAAGCUCCUGUCGUCGUCGGUGUUUCCCGCGUCGCCUCUGCCCUAUCCCUCCCCGCUCUACUCCGGCCUCCUCCCCCAGCCUGUCCUGCCUGACCAAGCCCACGCGCUCGGGGCGCUCGAGAUCAAGAGGAAGCUGGAGGCCGACCUUGAAGAGUCGCUGCGGCUCGUCAGGAAGAUGAUCUACAAGUGCUCCCCCGCCUCCUGCGAGAGCACGGGCCUCCCAAGGGGCGACGGAGACUCCGAAGUGAAAUCGCUGCCUGAGGUCCCCGUCGAUGAGUCCUCCUCGGCGACCAAACGCCAGGACGCCCUCGACGACAAGUCUUUAAUCAGUUCAUAUGAGAGAGUUUUCAGUCUGCUGGAUGGCAAGGCAUUUCCCGGCAUAGAGAACCUUGCUGGUGAAGGGAUUCCGCGGUGGUCUACUUCUGACGGUGCUCUUGAUCUCUCGAAGGACUUUCAGCGCUUGAACGAAUGUCUUAUGGAUAGCAGCUUUGGAUCGAGAACUAAGAAUAAGCGCUCAAAGGACCAGGGAUCUCAAAGGAAGCGAUUAAAAGGCGGCAGUGAAGGGAAUGAGAGGAAAAGACAGAAACACGGUUCAAAGAAAAAUGAACAUCAGCCACUGUCUUCAACUAAAAGUGUUACAGACAAAACUACCCCUGGUUUCACAGCCUCUGACGUUCGUACUGGUAGCACACAGCAGGAAUUUGGCAGCACUAACAAGAAAGACCCUCGCGACUCUGCCAGACAUAGUAGACAAAAAUCUAAACGCAGUUCGGGUGCGAGACGAGACCACAAACACUCAGGCAAACAUAAAGCAAGUGACGUAAAGGCGAGAAUUCUCGAUGACACAUCUCAGAGAAAGUCACGGAAGGAUAAACAAAGAUGGACAAAAACGAAACAGUUAAAGACUCUGGAAGCCUGUCGUUGCUGCCAAGAUUCCACUACCAGUUCCGACACCUCGACACCUCCACAGACGCACCAGGAAGAGCGCACAAGACCACACGAGACGAAACCAGGAAGCUUCACCCUACCGAAGAAGUGCCUGAAGGAGACUCCCAGCAUCUCUUCAGUCCACGCAGACAAAACUGCCAAAUCCUGUGCAAGUAAAUUCUCAACCAAACCAACUGGAGAACCCGAAAACGCACCGACGCAGCUGCCACACCUCCGUCACGACCGCAGCGACAGUUCAGCGGCACAGAAAACCCAGGUAGUCUGCAAGGAAGAAGACAGCAGUCCCAUGGCGGAGGGCGAGAGGGACCAGAAGCCCCACUUGUCUGGAGAUGGCGAUUCUGACAGGCCGUCUUGGAGAUUCCAUGACCUGCUUUCUAGCGACUCCGACAGCGAUUCUGAGGCUGGCCACCUCAUGAUUGAUACGGAUAACUGA